AUGGUGAAUAAUAGCAGCAACAACAACAACAACCACCAAGAUGACGGGGAUAAGAACCCGUCAGGCAUUUCUAGAGGUAUUGGUGGUAGAGGGGGAGCUGCCAAAUCAUGGGGUACCACUGGGUCUGGACAAUCAGUGUCGACUAGUGGCAGCGUGGGUUCCCCAUCAAGCCGGAGUGAGACUGCUGUGGCAACUCCAGCCAAUGACAGCACAUUUAUAAGGCUUGACAAUCUGGACAUCCAAGGCGAUGAUGCCGGCUCACAAGGGGCUACUGGAAACAAGAAGAAGAAGAAGAGGGGUCAACGUGCUGCUGGAGGGGAUAAGAGUGGUAGAGGGCUUCGUCAAUUUAGCAUGAAAGUGUGCGAGAAAGUGGAAAGCAAAGGAAGAACUACAUACAAUGAGGUUGCAGAUGAACUUGUUGCCGAAUUUGCAGAUCCUAACAAUAAUAUUGCCUCUCCGGACCAGCAACAAUAUGAUGAGAAAAACAUACGACGAAGGGUUUAUGAUGCUCUAAAUGUUCUGAUGGCAAUGGAUAUAAUAUCUAAAGAUAAGAAGGAUAUACAAUGGAAAGGUUUACCACGGACUAGCUUGAGUGACGUUGAGGAACUAAAGAAUGAGAGUCUUGGAAUUAGAAAUCGGAUUGAGAAGAAAGCAGCAUAUUUGCAAGAACUGGAGGAACAAUACGUAGGUCUUCAAAAGCUUGUCCAACGUAAUGAGCAACUAUAUGGCUUGGGAAAUGCUCCUAGUGGUGGCGUGGCUUUACCUUUUAUAUUGGUUCAGACUCGUCCUCAUGCAACAGUGGAGGUGGAAAUAUCAGAAGAUAUGCAGCUGGUGCAUUUUGAUUUCAAUAGCACCCCGUUUGAGCUACACGAUGACAAUUAUGUUCUCAAGGCAAUGAAAUUGUGUGACAGCACUCGAGGUGAUAGUGUGAUGCAAAAUAUCCCUCUACAUGGUGGUGAAAGCUCCCACAUGCCGAGCAUGUACCAGCCUCAACUAUCUCAUCCUCCAAGGUUAAAUAUAUCGGGUAGGCCUCCGACCUUGCCUUCUGUUCCCGGAAUAUUAAAGGCGCGUGUUAAGCACGAGCAUUAA